GCUAAAUGUGAUUUUCUUAUGAAGUCUGACAGAUGUACCAACUACUUUCAUUCCCUGGUCAAGAAAAAUAAGAAGAAGAAUGCAAUUCCUUUUUUUAAUUAAGGAUGAUGGAACUAAAACUACCUCAAGUGAUGAGGUUGUUGGGUGCUUUCUUGAGUUCUAUUGAAAUAUGUUUGGAACAACCCCCCAAGUAGGGCUUAUUGAUGAAGAGGUUUUCGCAGCUGGAGCCACUGUCCCUGAAUCUGCCCAUUCCAGAUUACUUGCUAAUGUUAUUUUGGAGGAGGUCAAGGAUGUGGUUUUUGACAUUGGAAAAUUAUUGAAGCAGAUCAUUCAUGCUAUGAUUGUUUUAAUCCCAAAAACUGUCCAUAACCCUUUAGUGAAGGACUUUAGACCUAUUGCUUGUCCAAAUGGCCUUUACAAGAUCAUUACGGAGAUUUUUUGGAAGCGCAUUGCACCUCUCCUUAAUGACUUGAUUGACCCUGCUCAAGAGGCAUUUGUUCAAGGUAGAUCACUUGUUGAUAACAUACUUCUUUCCCAAUACUUGAUCAAGGAUUAUGCUAUCAGGAGAUCCACUCCCAGCUGUAUGAUUAAAAUGGAUAUCACAAAGGCAUAUGACACUGUAUCUUGGAGGUUUAUUGAGGAUGCCAUGCUUGCUUUCGGAUUCCCUUCCAGAUUUGUUUCUCUUGUUAUGGAAUGUGUUACAUCUGCUUUUUCUUCCAUUAUGGUUAAUGGAGAUUCUCAUGGCUUGGGAGACCUCCCCUAUGUGCAAGUGCUUAUGGACUGUCUGAGCAUUUCUCAAGUCUCUCAGGUUUUGGUCCUUAACCCUACCAAAUCUAAUAUCUUUAUUGCUGGGAAAUACAGGGAUACUAGCCAUGAAAUCCUGGGUCUGGUUUCAUUCCCUCGUGGUCAACUCCCUGUGAGAUACUUGGGACUACCUUUGGCAUCACAAAGGCUCUCUAAAGAUGAUUAUGCACCUCUAUUCAAAACUUUGGAAGGGUUUCUUUCAAAGUGGAAGACUAUGAAGAUUUCAUAUGCAGGCAAGUUGGAAUUGAUUAGAGCAGUUAUCCAGGGAGUUCAAUCCUUUUGGCUCCAGGCUUUCCCUGUCUAGAAAUAUGUACUUGAUUGCAUCACAUCCCUCUGCCGUGACUUCCUCUAGGGAGCAAAUUCGCUAAAGUGGCUUGGACAGAUAUUUGUAAACCCAAAAAAGAGGGGGGACUGGGCCUUAAAGAUGUUGGUAAAUGGAAUGAUGCCUUGUUAUGUAAACUUCUCUAGAAUCUGGCAGCCAAGAAGGAUUCACUUUGGGUGAGAUGGGUUCAUUGUGUUUAUAUUAAAGAAGCUAAUUUUUG